AUGUUGUUAUUAUUAUAUUUUUUACUCGUAACUGUUGCUAAUGCCAAACUCAUGAUUAAUUAUGACUCAUUUACGGGAAUUCCAAUAAGCCUGGAGGAGGUGAAAAGACGGGACGAAAUGAACAUUACGUUUUGGUGCACAAAUCAAAUAGAGCCUUGCGAUCCAGAAGAAGGAAGACGAGUAGAUGGGUCGUGUAGCAACUUGCGAUAUAUUACAAGAGGUGCAUCCCACACGCCGACUUACAGAGUGUUACCCGCUGUCUACGAUAAAAAUUUCGAGCCGAGAUUGUCAAAGUCCGGUCACUCAUUGCCAUCGGCAAGGUUUUUGAGGACAAGUCUACUGGCUGAGGGUAGAUUGGCUGAUCGGCAGUUUACAACGCUUGCAACCAACUUUCUUGUUUUUAUGGCGGGAGACGUGCUUUCUCUGCACGACACAGUUAAGUAUGUCCUCUGGAAGCCGUACUGCUGCCAACCAAAAGGCAAGACGGAUAGAGAUUGCGUUCCAAACAAAAUACCCGACGAUGAUCCAGUUCAUCGCUUCUCCAACAUAAGGUGUCUGAACAUGACCAGACCUGAAAGUUUUCAAUCCAUUGGUUGCGUCAGAAAUGACACAGUUCCUGAAAGGAUUAUGUCGGCAACACCGACAUUCGAUCUUUCACUAUUAUAUGGCAAUAAAUUAAAAUCAUUAUUGGAAAAAGGCCGCCUGUUCCAAAGUGGGUUGUUGAAAUAUGAAGUGGAAAAGGGAAGAAUGUGGCCACCUAGUAUACAAACAGGAGGUGGUGUAUGCUUAUCGAACCAAAAACCGCAAGAAACUCGAUGUCAUAAUACACCUGAUGACAGCAUGAACAGCUUAGCGGGAAUCAAUUUGUUAAGCGUUUGGUUUUGGAGGCUUCAUAAUUUCAUUGCCACUGGACUGUCUAAGGUCAAUCCUUGCUGGAACGACGACAAGUUGUUUUACACGGCUCGUGAUAUAAAUAUUGCUAUUGCUACGCAAAUAUUUUUCUAUGAACUAUUGCCUGCCUAUUUUGGUCAUGAAAAUUUGUUAAGAGAUGGAGUUUUAUCACCCACGCCUGGAUUCAGAGAUCACUACAGUGAACAUCUUUUUCCACAAAUAUCGCUGGAAUACCCAUUUGUUCUUCGUUGGUUCCAUACAACGCAGGAAGGAAAUAUGAAUUUAUACGACACUAAUGGCAACUAUCUGAAGAAAGUUCCAAUUGUAAACAUGACUCUAAGAACUGGGUUCUUCGGUAUGGAUGACAAUAUGGAUUAUGUAACGCAAGGAAACUUUAGGCAAGCGACGGCUAAGGCUGACUACAUGGUCGAUCCUGACGUCGCAGAAGUGGGUCUAGGUCCACAGCAACGCGCUUCAGACCUUUUAACAGACGAUUUGGCGAAGAACCGGUACUUUGGUUUCCAGCCGUAUAUUAAAUACAGAGAAUUUUGUUUCAAACAAUCGUUUAAAAGUUUCGAUGACUUACUUCAAGCUAUUGACCCAGAGAGAGUCGAACUGCUUAAAGAGGUUUAUGAGAAUGUGCAAGACAUAGAUCUAAUGGCUGGAAUUUGGCUGGAGAGAUUGAUUGAGGGCGGUAAUGUACCACCUACUUUGUACUGUAUUGUUGUGGAACAAUUGCUCAGGGUUGUCGCGUCAGACAGACAUUGGUAUGAGCGCCCCAACCGACCGAACGCAUUUACAUAUGAACAACUACAGGAUAUAAGGAAAGCCUCGGUGGCGCGUAUGCUGUGUGACGUAGGGGAUAAAGUGACCCACAUACAACGUCAAGCAUUCUACAGGAUAAGCCCAAACAAUCCUUUGCGUAACUGCAAUGACAUUGAUGUUGCAAGUCUCUGGGCGUGGAAGGACCCGAAAUGUGACAACUUGGGUUCACAAUUUGAUGCAUCUUACAAUACAGCAAAUUUUUUCAAAAACCAGUUCCUUAAACUAAUAAGAAAUGAAUGA